AUGGGUGCCUCAGCUGCCAUCAGUGAACUGGAAUCCGUCCACAAGAUUGAAUAUCUGGCCAGCGAUCUCAACACACCCUCGGUAACCCUCUUUCCUUCUCGGGCACAAGUAUAUCGAGAGAUUAAAGGCGUUCAGCUCAAGCGAGGCACAAACGAAGUUACCAUUGUUGGGCUCAGUCAAACCGUCGACUCAGAUUCAAUCAAAGUCGAGACCAAUGGCAGCGCCACCAUUACCAACCUGGAGGUAGAGUCAGUAACUAACCGCCAGCUCUUCCACGAGGUGUACCCAGAGUCUGACUCUGAGUCCGAAUCCGAUUCAGAUGAGGAAGAAUUCUCCGACGAUGAGGCAAAGGCAGAAAGCCAUGAACUGAAGUCUGCUCAAGGUCUACUUCAAGAGUCUCGAGAUGCAUUAGCCGCCGCCCGCGACAACGCAGGCAACGCACAAAGACGGCUAGAUCUCUUGGAGGCCAUUGGCAUCAACAACAAUAACAAGAACGGCGACUCUAUCCAGACCACCCUCGAGCAGUACAGGGAGGAGCGCAAAAAGGCCUUUCAGGACCUGACGGACAGCAACAACCUUCAAAAGUCACUCAACAAGGAGGUGGAAAAGGCUGAAAAGAAGUACAACAAGCUGCAGCGAGAGGAAGACAAAAAGAAUGCCAAAGAGAACAAGGCUAAGGCGCAGGCAAAGAAGGAGAGAGAAAAGAAAAAGGCUCUCAAGGAUCGGCUCAAGGGUGAGGCCAAGAGAGAGAGGCAGCGUCUGCGCGACGAGCAGCAACAAUUCUGGCCCCUGGAAGUAUACAGCGUGCGCAUCACGCUCGAAGUCGCAGCCUUUACGCCCAUGACCUCUCGUCGGGGCUCCACGUCUAGCGAUGUCGACACCGUCAAGGUCUCGGUGGCUGAAGAUGAAGGCGACGAGGAUGCCGGCCCUGUCGAGGUCGAUUUGGCCUUCUCGUACGUUACAUCUGCGGCGUACUGGACGCCGGCCUACGACCUCCAGCUGUCAACUACAAACGCCUCGGCCACGCUCUACUUUGACGCCAUGCUCACCAACCAGACCAGCGAGUCCUGGAAGAGCUGCAAGGUCACCCUCUCGACGUCGCAGGCGACUUUCUCCAGCCUCUACGACACGAUUCCGACGCUCGUCCCCUGGCGCAUCAAGCUCGCCAAGUCAUCACAGUUUCUAGGAAACCAGCCCGACAUCACUCGCAGCAAUGAGGAGACGUCACAUUCGAGUAACCGCAGCCACAUGCAUGCUCCGAUGGUGCUCCAUCAACAAAACCGCAAUCGGAAGAUGAUGGUGGGAUCGAAAGGGUCGUCCGCGGCACAGCCCGAGGCCCUGAGGUCAGCAGCCCCGCGAGGUCUCUUUGGCGGUGCUCCCUCUCUGCCUCCGCCGCCGCCGGCACCAAUAGCAGCGGCAGCCUCUGGAGGAGGAUUGUUUGGCUCUGCCGCCCCUGGUGCCGUGAACCCAUACGCGCAACAACAGAUGCAGCAGCAGGCACAGCCUCUCGGUGGAUACGCGGCGUUGCAGUCAAACAAUGUCCUCAACGACUUCGACUUUGACUCUUUCCUCAACGACCAAGGCGAGGAGCCCUUCAACUUUGACAACUACAAAGCCUCCCAAGUGGAAGAGACCGGCCUGACGACCACUUAUGACCUGCCCGGCUUCAAGACGCUCGUGCCCAAGUUCAACGGCUCCAAGCAGCGCGUCGCCCGCAUCCCCUUCUCCAACGUCGUCUUCAGCCACACCGUCGUCGCAAAGUACAAGCCCAUGGCCUACCUCAAGGCCAAGCUCAAGAACAGCAGCAAGAUGGCCCUGCUCAAGGGCAGCGCCAGCCUCACCCUCGACGGCACCUUCAUGGGCAAGACUUCCUUGCCCCGGUGCAGCUCCGGCGAGUCCUUCAGUCUUAGCUUGGGAGUCGACCCUGCCAUCAAGGUGACGUACCCGAAGCCCGACGUGCGCCGGGCCUCCGUCGGGCUCUUCACCAAGGAGGACAGCGCCGUGUACGUUCGCACCAUUGAGUUGAAUAACACGCGUGCUGUGGGAGGCAGGGCUGUCAAUUUGCUUGUGUUGGAUCAGGUGCCUGUUUCCGAGGACGAGAGACUGCGCGUGGAACUCGCGUACCCAAGGGGGCUGGCGAUCGACAACGCGAACGGGAUUGCUGUGGGCGAGCCUGGCAAGGCGAACAAGGACGAGAACUGGGGCAAGGCUUCGGCGAAGCUGAAGAAGGAUGGCCAGGUGGCUUGGGAUGUGAGCUUGAACGCGGGCAAGACGGUGAAGCUUACGCUGGAGUAUGCCGUGUCUAUGCCUAGCGGAGAAACGGCUUAUCAAGUUUGA